CGGCGCCACCUUGGAAAUCUACGUUGGGAGCCACAGGAUUUGCAUAUGCUGCGAGCACGCGAGUUGUCCCAGCCCACGAAUUUUGACAACACCAACAGAUGCCCUUGAGGCGUAGCCAGCUUGUUUCAGCAGCGCUUGACAAGUCGGAGUUCGCUAAAAAGACGGUGAUUCAGAUCGUCGAUAAAAACUUGAUUCCUUUACGUGUGGCUUGCUAAAGGAGCUUUGGACGACUCUCGGCAAAGUUUGCGCCAAUUUACACGGAAUUUGCGAGACCAGGUUGAUAUGUCGUUGAUUCUUGUGGACUGACACAAAUGGCAUGCUGGAUGUUCGCCCCCUGCAUGCAGCUUGAAAGCGAUAUGAUUGUAUGUAUGACUCGCGACAGUCCUCGAAGGAUUCACGCAUUGGCGCACUACAAACGUGUUGCGUUCAACACAACGCAUCGAAAAUGUUGUGGAACAAGGCAGUCCCGAGAACCAAUUGUCCAGCCGGCAGAUUACCAGAACCGUAUUCUCUGCGUUGUGGUGAUAACCCUCAACUUUAGAGAGCUUUCGCAACUGCCAGAAUCAUCCGCCAAGCAUAAAAACACUCGAACGUCAAAACCUCACUCUUUAGCAUCAACGAACUUUCACCUACCUCGAUCGUUAGCGUCAAUGGCACAUUCAUCGACGGUUCCGUAAUUGGCAAGACAACUUUGCGAUACUCUCCAAUCUUUCCUGGCGCAGGCAUUAGAAACUAAGAGCAUGUAAAACGCUAUUAUUGAUUUUAUUUUUACGAAUCCACCACGCCACGCAGAGCAAUAAUUCUACACAUUCCUGUUUUCUUCACAUCG